AUGGAUGAUUGCUUUCAAUGCUCAGAAGAUCAUUAUCCAAACAUUGACCAGGAUGGAUGCCUCCCAAAAUACAUAAGCUUCCCUACAUACAAUGAGCCUCUGGGGGUUAUUUUGACCACAUUUGCAGUUUUAUUUUCUUUAAUCACAACUUUGGUUCUUGGAAUAUUCCUCAAGCACCAGGACACUCCCAUAGUCAAAGCCAAUAAUCGGAACCUCACCUAUGUUCUCCUGUCCUCUCUCCUCCUCUCCUUUCUUUGUGUUUUGCUAUUCAUUGGCAAACCAGAUGAAGUGACAUGUCUCCUACGACAAACUACUUUUGGUGCAAUCUUCUCAGUGGCAGUUUCCUGUGUAUUAGCCAAAACCACAAUAGUAGUUCUAGCUUUCAUGGCUAUCAAGCCAGGCUCUAGGAUGAGGAGAUGGGUGGGAAAACAACUGGCAACCUUUAUUGUUCUUUCCAGCUUCCUUCUUCAGACUGUUUUUAUUACUGUGUGGCUGGCAACCUGUCCUCCAUUCCCAGAUGUUGACAUGCACUCAAUCAAUGAAGAAAUUGUACUAGAAUGCAAUGAAGGGUCAAAUACCAUGUUUUACUCUGUUUUGAGCUUCAUGGGUUUCCUGGCCUUUGCCAGCUUAACUUUGGCUUUCCUAGCUAGGAAGUUGCCCGAUAGUUUUAAUGAAGCCAAGUUUAUCACUUUCAGCAUGUUGGUCUUUUGCAGUGUGUGGUUGUCUUUUGUCCCAACUUACUUGAGCACAAAAGGGAAACACAUGGUGGCUGUGGAGAUCUUCUCCAUCUUGGCCUCUAGUGGUGGCUUACUGUCCUGCAUCUUUUUCCCAAAAUGCUUUGUCAUUUUGCUGAGGCCAGAAUUGAACAGCAGGGGACAACUAAUACUAAGAAAUAAAGAAUAA